GGUCUGCGCUUUGACCCGCUGGAUCGUUUUUAGCAAAGAGGCGGCACACCGGAAAGCUAAGGGUAGCAACAAGCGAGCGGUAACAGAAAAAACCCACUUCAGGGCCUUUGUUUACGUUGGUUCUGUAGAUUGUUAACGCAGGACGUGGACAGGUACCUGACAACUGACUCCCGCGGAUAGGAGGUCUCGCAAACACCUGCUUAUGCGUGCAAAGAAUGAGUGAUGACUUCUGUGGUAGUGUCAGAUGGAGGAGGAAACAUAGUGGAGUAUGUCACCGUGGUGGAGUCGUCCCAGCAGCCCACUGAGGAUGAGGAGCAGGAAGAAGUGGUCCAGCAGGAGGUGGAGUCUGUGAUCCUGGAGGAAGAGGUGGAGGAGGAAGAGGGUGUGGUUCUGCAGGAGGAAAGCUGUCCAGCUGUAAUUGUGGAGGAGGUUCCCAGUGCACAGGUGGAGGAGUGUUACUCGGCCCAGGUCCUGGUGUAUGAUGAUGGGACGUACCUGAUGCAGGACGUGGCAGAGGAGCAGGAGGUGGUCACAGAGGUGGCGGAGAACGUGGAGAUGUCGGGUCAUGACAUGGUGUGCUUUGACAAAACCUUCGAGGCGGCUGAAGCCCUUCUCCACAUGGAGUCUCCUGGAGGACUGCACAGCGAACGCAGCACAGCAGAUGAUGUGAUGAUGGAGACGGUGGUGGAGGUGUCUACAGAGUGUGGACCCAUUGAGGAGGAGUCCUUCCCCAUCCCUCCUGAUUGUGAACCUACUGCCAAGAAGAAGAGAGGAGGUGGACGUAAACCCAAGACACACCAACCUGCUUCCAACGGCUCCUAUGACCUGGGGAUCAAGAAGAGGCCGCGGGAGGGAAAGGGCAACACCACCUAUCUGUGGGAGUUCCUGCUGGAGCUGCUGCAGGAUAAGAACACCUGCCCCAGGUACAUCAAGUGGAUGCAGAGGGAGAAGGGCAUCUUCAAGCUGGUGGACUCCAAGGCCGUGUCCAGGCUGUGGGGGAAACACAAGAACAAGCCGGACAUGAACUAUGAGACGAUGGGCCGAGCCCUCCGGUAUUACUACCAACGCGGCAUCCUCGCCAAGGUGGAGGGUCAGCGGCUGGCCUACCAGUUCAAAGACAUGCCCAAAAACAUCCGAGUCAUUGACGAUGAGGAGGAGGGCGACGAGGUGGAGGACAAUGAAGGCGUGAUGUCCAGCCAGCACCUGGCUCGCCAGCAGGGCCCUGUCAGCCUGGGCGCCAACUCCGCAGCUACCACCCAGCCUCAGCAGACCUACGUCACCGUCAUCCCCAGCAACGCUGCCACAAGGCCCAUUCGAGCCAUGCCGGUGGUCAUGACCAACUCACUGGGUCAGGUGACAUUAAACUCCUCCUCCAUCCUCACCACCACCACCGGAGUCCCUGUGACGGUAGCUAACGCCUCCACCAGCGCUCCCCCCAAACUGGUGAUCCAGGCUCUGCCGACCAUGCUGCCAACAGCCUCCAAAGCAGGAGAUAAAAUCACCAUCAUUACCAUCCCGGCCAAUCAGCUGGCCACGCUCAUGCAGACUAACCCAUCAAGCCAGGUUGCUCAGCUCAUCCAGGCUAAGCCCAUCACAACUCAGUUGGCGCAGGCAGCCGUCAAAGCGGCGGCGUCCACUCCGACGGUCCAGAUAACGGCGGGACGGUCGGCCCCGCAGCUCAUCUUGGCCAAACCAGCGGCGGUAGCCCAGGCUCUUCCCCAGCUCUCGGUCCAGGUGAGCCAGCCUCACUCUGCCCCCCUCAGCAUCCCAACCCAGCCUUCAAAACCAUCCAGCACGCAGCCCGAAGCAGCACAAUCAGAGGUCAGAGCAGAAGCUCCGCCCCCAUCCAGCUUGCCAGCAGCAUCAGCAGAAACUCCGUCUUCCUGAGGCCCCCGUCUAGGGCUGGGGCCUCGGAGGGUCAGGGAACAGGAAGUGACUGUAGACCGCCCUCAGAGCAGAGCUGCUCGCUGAUUGGCUUAGACUGUCGGCCUGACUCUGGUUUCCAUGGAGACGUGUGGGGAUGCUGAAGCCUCACAGAGGAUCAAAGGGACUGUUUCACACACACAAACCAACACGAACACACACACAGGGCUCAGACGACGUGGGCAGCCUUAGAUUGUAAAUGCAAAAGUCUUUUUGUAAUCAAGCCUAAUAUAAAUCCAGACUGGACUGUGAUGUAAACACACAUGUAAAAAGCUUUUUUUGAUACUCAGCCGUAUGUUAUCAGUACUGAUGUAGAGCCAUCCAGAGCUUUGUCUGCAGAGUCAUUACUUACACACUCGGACAAGAAGUGGACGUAGCCUCUGGAUGUUUCAGAGUAAGGUUUGGAUCUGGGAACACUAAUCAGAGCCGGACUUUAGCGACGUCUCAGCCAUAAACUGGCAGCUGAGACUGGAAACAACUUAAAUUCAGGCUCAAAUUCUCAGGUUUUGGUCGUGAGACAGAACGCCGCUUCCUUUCCCAGAGGCUACGUCCAUGUGUGCCAGUCUGUGGCUUUUCCACGUGUCACAUUUUCCCAACUCUUCUUUUUUACUGUUCCUUAAAAGGGAGUGAAAGGAUGUCUGCAUCCAGGUAAAUGAACCUAAUGGUGUGCCCCAUAUCUGAAGUAAAAUAUACUAUUUUUUUCUUGUACUAUCAGUGUAAUGAAGUAGAUUUUACUGAAAUAUGUAUUAUAAAAAAAGAAAUGUGGAUUAAAACUGUCUGAU